AUGGACGAGUGCAUGACCAAGCUCAGCGAGCUCUACGAUGACCUUGCUGGGAUCCAGGCUGAGGUCCCGGCCAAGGACAUCGUCCAGAGAGCCAGAGCCUCCCAGCGAGAUGGGGAUCUUUUGUGUGCUGCUUGCAAAGCUGUAGCUGAUACCGCAAAUGGUCACGAGGAGUCGGGUGUCUACAAUGCUCUGCUAAAGACGAAACUUCUGGUGACAGUACCAUGGACAUACGUCAAUAUCGGAGAUGGCCCACUCGAGCAACAUCCUUGCUUUCGUCCAAAGGAUUUCAUAGAUACUAUGGCACAGCUGAAUCGCUUCCACUGUGUUGUGGGUGUGGAGCUGGCAUCUGCACCGGCAGUACUCAAGGAUUUUUGGUGCAAUUUCAAGAAGGAAUUCGCCACCCAUCCUAUUGCAGCAAUGAAUGACCUGGACACAGAACACCUUGUGCCUCUAAUUCUACACGGCGACGGUGGCCGCACCUACAAAAAAUCCGAACUCAUGAUCCUUCAGUGGCAGCCUGCGAUAGGGGCCGGGACGUCCAAGACGAAGACUUCCAGCAACAAGCGCAAACUUCCGGGUGACAUUGAUGCUGCUGCGGUGAACCUGUUGGGGCAUAGUCUGGCUACAAGGUAUCUGAUGAGUGUGCUCUUGAAGAAGUACUACAUCGAGGAUUCUACACCUCUUCAGUCCCUCCUUGGCUUUAUUUCGGACUGGUUCGGGGAUCUUUGGGAGAAUGGCUAUGAGUUCCAGGGACAGAUCUGGAGGUUUAUGCCGCUGGGCUUGAAGGGGGAUUUGGUGUUUCAGGCUAAGGCCGCUAAUCUGGUGCGAUCCUUCACCCGUGUUCGCACCCCGGAAGUUCCGUUCGAAAGCUUUGCCAGGGAUGCCAGUUGGAUGCAAAGCGCGGAUCUCUUUCAUAUCCUACAGAUGGGAGUCUACAAGGAAUUUGCAGCCAGCGGACUGUGCAUGUUAUUGCCUCAUUGCGGCGGUACCUCUAACGACGAUCACAUGACAUAUAUGAACCGGUACCUCAAUGCGUAUUGCAAGGAACGGAAGACGAAUCUACAUGUGCAAAAGCUCAGUUUGGAGCUGAUUGGUGCAAAAACUCCCAACACAUAUGCCAGUGGCGGCUGGAACAAGGGACAGGAUUCGGUGACUUUGAUGGGCUUUGUGCCGUGGCUGCUCCGUUCCGCAUCUAUGGAAACGGCAAUGCGCACACUUUAUUCAGAAGGGGCUUUCAUGCCCAAGUGCUCUGCCAUGCAAGCUUCCGAAUGCGGUUACAGAUUUUUACUGUGCUACUCGCGCUUGGUGCAAUGGUCUUUGGAAGAGAAAAAGCUUCUCUUCAACCUCAUACCCAAACUCCACUACCUUCAUCACGUCAUGGAGGAUUUGCGAAGAGCUGCUGAGAAUUCCACGAUUUCCAUGGUGCACAACCCUGUCGGCAAUUGCACGUCUCAAUACAUGGCCGCCCUGGCCGACAAGCUGGGCUUGCUAGAGUAA